AUGCAGCUGGCUCAUGCCUUCCUCCUCUUCGUCCCUCUCCUCUCCUUGCCCUGUUUGGGUGGCCUUAGUGCCGACUGCCCCAGGAGAUGCACCUGUGAUGUCACCGGGGGAUUGGUGCAGUGCUUCAGGCUCCCGGGUGUGCCUAGUCCGCUGCCAAUCGACGCCAGGAGGUUGUACAUCAGCCACAGCAAAAUCAAGCAUCUUCAGCUCUCUGACUUCAACAGAAUGUCUCACCUGGAGGAAUUUAUCCUGCUGGCUAGUGGAACCGAGUCCAUCGAAAACAACACCUUCCAAGCCCUGAGCACCUUGAAGACCCUGGAGCUCUGGAAAAACAAAUUAAGACGCGUCCCCAGCAUCCUCCCGGCCAGCCUCCAAGUGCUGAAGCUAAAUGACAACUCGAUCACCGUCCUCCGGGAGUCCGACUUCGAAGGCCUGGCAAAAUUACAAGUGCUAGAGCUACGGAACAAUAUGAUCUCCACCCUCUCCUUCCACACGCUUUCAUCGCCCACCAGUUUGCAGAGCCUGGUUCUGGAUGGCAAUGGUUUGGAAUCGUUCUCCGGGCCUCCUCGCCUUCCCCGUUUAAAGCAUCUCAGUGUGGAGAAGAAUCAGCUGCGCUUCCUCCCUCCUGGCUUCUUCGCACCUCUGCAGCAUCUGCAGUUUCUCAGUUUGGCCGGCAACCUGCUGACCAGAGUCCCCGGUGACCUGCCCAAAUCCCUGCUCUCUUUAAAGCUGGAGAGAAACCGGCUCAAAGCGGUGAGGUUUCGGGACGUAAGGCACUUGGAGAACCUCUCCCAUCUCUUCCUCUCGGACAACCUGCUCUCCUCAAUUGAAGGGGUGCAGUUCCUUGCUAAUCUGACGACCCUCGAACUGUCCCAUAACCAGCUUCAGGCUAUGCCGGGCAGGCUGCCCUCCAGGCUGCAGAAACUGGACUGCAGUAACAACCAGAUUCAGAGAGUUACAGCCCAGGACUUCCACGGAUUAAGAGAACUGAAGCAUUUGUUUCUCGACAACAAUAUUGUGAGCUCGUUCGAAGCUGGGGCUCUCCAGAAGUGUGGGCAGCUUUCUAACCUGGCCUUGGAACAGAACCUACUAAUGUCUAUCCCGCUAAGACUUCCAGACACAUUAGCCAGGCUGGAUCUGAAAGGCAACAGGAUCCGGGACAUCGGUGAGCAGGAAACGAAGGAGUUGAAGCAGCUCCAUGUUCUCAAUCUCCGGAACAACAAGCUCUCCGCCUUAGACCUCCGAGUGCUGGAGAGCCUACCUCGCCUCCGGCACCUGUACCUGGACGGAAACCCUUGGAAUUGUACUUGCGACCUUCUCCGGGCCAGGAAGCUGCUGACGGCCCGGGGUACGGAUGUCAGAGGAGGGCAGUGCACGGUCCCCGCUGAGAGCCAGGGGGAAAACUGGAUGUCCUCAAAGAAGAUGACGCGGCAAUGCGAAAGCCAUUUCCACCCGCCUGAAAAAGCCAGAGAGAUAAGGAAGAAGGCUAAAAGCGAAGACCAAAUGAGCACGGAUGAUGAUUAUUACGAUUAUGAACUAGAUUACGAAUGAACCCAGGGUGAAACUUCUGGUUGCUAUUUUUG